ACACUCCGUCUGCAGGGCCCUGCCGUGGGCGGCGGCUUUGCGGGCUUGGACUUCGCGCCCCCGCAGAAGCCCGAGCCGCGGGCGCCAUCGGCCCACAUCCCGGUGCCUGCGCACAGAGCCCCCCAAGGAAAAGCCCGGCCGGAUGAGGUUAUGGCUGCUGCAGCCCUCACAAGCCUGUCCACCAGCCCUCUCCUGCUGGGGGCCCCAGCGGCAGCCUUCAGCCCAGAGCCUGGCUUGGCGUCCUGGCAGGAGCCCUUGGUGCAGCCACCAGGCAGUUACAGCAGCGGCAGCAGUGGGGACUGGGGCUGGGACCCGGCCAGUGAACAGUCCUCCCCAUGUACCCCGUCGCCACCACUGCCCCCCGAGGCAGCCCACUUCCUGUUCGGGGAGCCCGCCCCUAGGAAGAGGAAGAGCUCGGUGCAGGUCCUGUUCCAGUGUCUGUGGAAGCGCUGCGGGAAGGUGCUGAGCACGGCCUCCGGGAUGCAGAGACACAUCCGCCUGGUGCACCUGGGGCGGCAGGCAGAGCCAGAGCAGAGUGACGGAGAGGAGGACUUCUACUACACGGAGCUGGACAUUGGUCUGGACACGCUGACAGAUGGGCUGUCCAGCCUGACCCCAGUGUCCCCCGUGGCCUCCACACCGCCCGCCUUCCCCCACCUGGAGCUGCCCGGCCUGCUGCACCCACUGGCCUCGCCCCCGCCCCCAGUGCUGAGCUCUGCGCGACCCCCCCAGGCAUGCCACAGUGACCACUCCUACCAGGGCUGCCUGGCGCCCCCCCGGCUGGAGCCACAGCCCGGCACAGGCAGGGCCUGCGUGCCAGCACUGCCCUCCAAGCUCGGUGCCAACCUAAGGAAGCCCCGCGGUGACGCCAAGAAGUGCCGGAAAGUGUACGGCGUGGAGCGCCGGGCCCUGUGGUGCACGGCCUGCCGCUGGAAGAAGGCGUGCCGGCGCUUCCUGGACUGAGCCGCCCGCCGCCCGCCUCUGACGCCGAGGGGCGCCGCGUCCCCGAGCCCCGCCAAAGUGCCUCUGAAGAAACCAGCCUUUUGCACUAAAGCCACGCCAGGGUUCAGGGGUGCUGAUGGGCCAGGUUCGAGGCCCCUUGGGAGCCAGCCCCAGAUGCACUUUGAGGGGUGUCGGGAAGGGGCCUCCCCUGCCCGCACUUAGCCUGAGGGUUCAAGGGCCCAGUGCCGACGUUUGUACUGUGUUCGCGAAGCUCAGGUGUCUCAGUCCGGGCUGCGCCAGGCGAGGAAAAAAAUUAAAGAUUUGGGUUUUUUCCAGAAGCUGUGUCUGCUCCUGAGGGGGAAGGAUGUGGCACUGGGACCCUGCCACAGGCAGGAGUGGUGGGCGGGCCUGGGAGGCCAGCAGCAGGCGCGGAGGACAGGGAGUCCCCUCUCAGGCCAUGUCCACCUGGCGUGAGGCUAGACGAGGGGACGCUGAUUGAAACACACACAAAGCGUCUGCGUGAGCAGCAGUUUCCCGAUUUAUUGAAAGUGAUCGCUUUGCAAGAACGUCUAAGCUACUCCGUCACAGAGGAAGCCCGCAGGCAGGCCCGGAGCCCAGGCAGACAAGAAUUCGCACGACCACAGAGAAGGGGCUGUUUACCUGUCCUGUGGCUACAGAGAAGGGACAACAGAGCUGACUUCUCACUGACCAAGCACGAAACGUCCUCCUCCAGAGAGUGAACACAUCUCCAGUACAAACACAGGUUUACGGUAAUUCAUAUAGAGUCAAUAUAAUAUCGAUCAUCCCCAGGAAAAAACCAACCAUCUCCAAGCACGGACUUUUCGUCUGUUUUGACAGGUUGAAAACAUGUUGAAAAAAUAAAUAUUUAAGUAAAGCACACACAGCACCCUCACUAUAAGUAGUUCUCAAGGGCUGCAUACAAAACACAACAUAGGAUCUAAAAAAUAAAAACCAUUAAGUAUGGCUUUUUAAAAGAGUUGCACAUGUCACAUAAUGAGCGAAAAUAAGUCAUAUUGCAAAAUGUUCCAGUUUUUGCAUUUUCUCGGUUUUAUAUAAAGAAGUGCAAAGUUGGAAGCAGUA